AUGUCCAAGCCAGCAAAGGGCAAUCCCAUCACGGAUGCGCCGACACUUCCGCCUCUGUCUGUUGGAACGCCUCGUCACAGGUUCCUCUCACCUGCUGAGUGGGGCAUCGUUGCUAAUGGAAUAGGCGGAAUUCGAGACCGUGAGCAACAUAAGCCAAUCCAUCCAACCAGCUGGCUAUGGCCACCCAAGGGGAUGCCUCGAGGCUUGUACAAGGACACUGUUACUCAACGCACCAAGUUCUUCUACCUGUAUCACAUUUCAAGUGGCAUCCGAUGGAUCUUGAUGUUGCUGCAGCUCUUCAUUGGCGCGACGUUGACGGCUCUAGGCUCCAUGUCCUUCAAACAGGGCACUCCAAUCACGGUUUUGGGAGCUGCAAAUACCAUCAUUGCUGGUCUUCUCGCCUUCUUGCAAAACAGUGGACUGCCUGACCGAUACCGCUAUGACAAGUCUGAGUUUGAAGCACUGGAAGAUCACAUCAAAGAAAUCCUCGACUCCGGCAUUGCUCCUGCGAAUCAAACAACUGACCAGAUUCUCGCCGAAUGUUUCGACUUGUAUCAAGACGCCAAGGCAACUGUGUCUGCGAACUUGCCAGCAAAUUACAUGCCUCGAAUCACUCAACAAGGGGGCCAAAGACCAGGCGCGCUGACUCAGUCAGGAUCUCAUUCGACUACACCAAAGCAGCUUGCUCUGCAAUAUGCUGGUGGAGAUUCCACCCCCACUCCAAUGAUUGGAAAGUAA